CCAUUCCCUCUAUAAAUCUCCCUACCCUCCCCACUUGAUGCCUUCCCCUUCUCCAUCGAUCUCCUUUUUGCGAGGGAAAAAGAGAGUAUCAAAAUUAAACAAUCCCAUGGUUCUUUAACCUAGCUAACUUGGUCGAGUGGCCUUGCAUGUGCCUAGGAAUAAUUUGUUGUUGUUGUUGUAAACUUAUUUCUACAAGAAUUUCCAUCACCUUCUACUCUUUAUUUUUCUCCUUCUGAGCCGGAUCUUUAUAAGAGAGUCUACUGCUAAGUUGAGAACCUCCCCUUGCCUUCUUUUCUUCCUAGUGAGAGUUCUCUCGAGGUUGUUGGUCUCUGAAUGGGUGAAGCUACGCAGGAAGAAGCUAAGGUGGAGGCCAAGCCAGAAGAGAAGAAAGAAGAGAAAAAAGAGGAGAAGCAAGAGGAAAAGAAGGAAGAGAAGGCAGAGAAGAAAGAGGAAGCAAAGCCCUCCCCUCCCCCUCCCAUCGUCUUGUUUGUGGACUUGCAUUGCGUUGGAUGCGCCAAGAAAAUUGAGAAGUCCGUUCUCAAGUGCAGAGGGGUUGAAGAGGUUGAGGUGGACAUGGUGCAGAACCAGCUCACAGUUAAAGGAAUGGUGGACCCUCAAGCUUUGUGCUCUAGAAUUCAGAAAAAGACCCUCAAAAGAGCAAGAGUCCUCUCCCCACUGCCACCAGCCGAAGGGGAGUCCAAACAGGAAGUGGUUCCAUCACAGGUGAGUGGGAUAACCACAGUUGAGCUGCAUGCGAACAUGCACUGUGAAGCCUGUGCGCAGCAGCUGAGGCGAAAGAUACUAAAGAUGAGAGGGGUGCAAACUGCCGAGACUGAGCUGAGCACUGGGAAGGUGACGGUGACCGGAACCAUGAACGGAGAGAAGCUCGUAGAGUACAUUUACCGCAGAACAGGGAAGCUUGCGACGAUUGUCCCCCAGCCCCCAAAGGAAGAAGAGAAGAAAGAGGAAGCAGAGAAGAAAGCUGAGGAGAAGCCUCCCGAGGCAGAGAAAGCAGAGGAGAAGAAAGAGGAGAAAGCAGAGGAGAAGAAAGAAGAAGAGAAAGCAACGCAAGAAGAAAGUGCUGAGGGUAACAAUAAGGAUGGUGGUGGAAAGGAAGAGAAGGGAGGUGGCGAGGAGCAAAAGAAGGAAGGGGAAGGGGAAGGGGAAGGGGAAGGACCAACCAAGGUGGACGUUCCUAACGAGGCAGACAUGGUGAAGAGGAUGGUGUAUUGGAAUGGUAGCAUCAUCAGCGAAGAGGAGAUGACAAGGAGAAUGAUGAUGCAUUGGAUGCCGGUCUAUGUCAUCGAACGGCCGCCGCCGCCACCUCAAAUUUUCAGUGAUGAGAACCCAAACGCUUGUUGCAUCUCAUAAAACUCUAUGAAAAAUAAAUAUCGUUAGCAAUUUGAAUUGCAUGUAAUAUAGAAUAACAUGGCCAUGGUCAUAUUAGCAUAUGAAGAAAUCAUUAUAAUAACAGCAUAAUCGUUGUAUGCUGCUGUAUGUAAACAUUAGUUGCCCAGUAUAAGAACAUGCACUUCUACUAUGGUGUCAUUUUGGCU